AGUCCAGGAACAGCCGCGGUUGCCGGGCUAGAAGCUCAGUCUCGGUUUCCCUCUCCGUAGACAUGGGGCGGUGUCACCCACCAGGACGUGCUGGGGACCAGAGGGGCUGAGGACAAAGUCUGAGCCACCCGGGAGGAGACGGUGGGGCACACCGGCCCCGGGGCGACUGCGGAGAUGCGAAAGGCUCCUUGGGGCGCAGAUGCGGGAGGGGUGUGCGAGCCCCGCGAACAGUCCCGGGGUGACAGAACAGUGCAGGGGACUGAGGCUGAAAAGGAGGACCCGCCCGCAGACCCAACACCUCCAGACCACGGUCUGUGAGAGCUAGCCUGGUGAAAACAAGCGAAGGGGAAGCUGGCCGCCGUGGUGCACAGCUGAGCGAGAGGCUGAGGCAGUAGGAUCCGUGGAGUUCCAGCCCAGCCUCAGCCACAAAACCUAAUUGGGGUGGAGGGGCAGGUGUGGUGCACUCCUGGCCUAGCACAGGUUAGACGGAAGCAGGAGGAUCGGCUUUCAAGUCGUUAUUAACCAACCAACAGCAAGUUCAAGGCCAGCCUGGGCUCAGGGAAAGCCACGUGCUUUUAGAAAAACUAUUACACUUGAUUGAUUAAUUAAUCAACUAAUUAAUUAAUUAAAACAAAAGACCCAAAAGAAAGCAUCCACUCUGAGGGUUUGUAUAGACAGGUGAAGUGAUGGCCGAGCUCAUGAGUCUGGUGCAGAGGGGACUCAGGGGAAGGGGACCUGGGGACUUGGACUCCUGGCAUCACACCAGAGUUGUUCUGUGGCUGAAAGAGAGGGAAGGGGUUCAUUGCAGAGCCCUCAGUCUGCAUUUUGCUCCCUCCUCCCCCCAGCCCCAGGAUACAGUCGCUGACACCCUCAGAGUCCCCAGGCUGUCAGCCUCCUGGCCCCUCAGCCAGGGUUGCUUCUGAGUAACUCAUCUCUCUCCCCAGCUUCCAGCCGGCCUUCUCCGGUGAGCCUGUGGACGACAUCAAUACACUCCCUCUGAGUCUCACCUCUUUUUCUCUACUGCAUAGUAUUGUGGUGGCUUGGCAAGGCUAACCUCUUGGGGCGCGAGGGAGACUCUAAGAUACAUUUAGCAGGGAUGCGAGGGUGUGGCUGAGGUCAGUUCCUUGUAGUUCCUGCUGAUAGUUUCCAAAGUGCCCACUCUCCCGACAGGAACUCGCCGCUGGAUAGAACCUUGUAACUAUCAGUCAGAGUCAGCCAAAUGUAUCUGAAGGUGCUGUCCUGUCCUGAUGCUUCAUGGCUCCCAGUGUCCUGGAGAGGCAAACUCUGCCAGGGCUUCUUCAGAAGGCGGGCCUGGGCCAAUCUGCCUGCAGCCCAUGGUUGAAGCUAACCCCCAUAGAGGGCCACAACCCUCCCCUGCUUGGUGCCCAGAGCCCUCCCUGCUUUAGCCCAUCCCCUCCUUCUGUCAUCCGGGCAUAGCUCUGGGAAGAGGGAACGCAAUGCUCUGAAGCGGCUACUAUGCAGAGAGACGCGAAGGCGGGGACAAGGGAGGGGGCGGGGGUAUAAGAGUGGCCGCUGCGACACUAGCAGAGGAGCCUCUUUCCAGCCCCUGCCGCCGGCAACAGAGACCAGGACGCAGGUAUCCCCGGAGAGCGGCCCUGGCCCCGAGGAGGAGCGGGGUCCUCCCUCUGGUCCCCACAGUCCCAGGACACAAUCCGUGAAGGCUGCCUGGAGGAAGAGGGCAACGGGGGGGGGGGAAUGGCCACCGAGACGACGUUGGCUCCCAACGUGACCUGGUGGGCUCCGUCCAACGCUUCGGGAUGCCCGGGCUGCGGUGCCAAUGCCUCGGAUGACCCAAGCUCUUCGCCAAGGCCCCUGGAUGCCUGGCUGGUUCCCCUGUUUUUCGCUGCACUCAUGUUGCUUGGGCUGGUUGGGAACUCACUGGUCAUCUACGUUAUCUGCCGCCACAAGCACAUGCAGACAGUCACCAACUUCUACAUCGCCAACCUGGCUGCUACAGACGUCACUUUCCUACUGUGCUGCGUGCCCUUCACCGCGCUCCUCUACCCGCUGCCCGCCUGGGUUCUGGGAGACUUCAUGUGCAAAUUCGUCAACUACAUCCAGCAGGUCUCGGUGCAAGCCACAUGUGCCACUCUGACGGCCAUGAGCGUGGACCGCUGGUAUGUGACUGUGUUCCCGCUGCGUGCACUUCACCGCCGGACUCCGCGCCUGGCCCUGGCUGUCAGCCUCAGCAUCUGGGUGGGGUCGGCAGCUGUGUCCGCCCCGGUGCUGGCCCUGCACCGCCUGUCGCCAGGGCCUCGUACCUACUGCAGCGAGGCGUUUCCUAGCCGCGCCCUGGAGCGCGCCUUCGCGCUCUACAACCUGCUGGCUCUAUACCUGCUGCCGCUGCUCGCCACCUGCGCCUGCUACGGCGCCAUGCUGCGCCACCUGGGCCGUGCGGCUGUACGCCCCGCACCCACUGACGGCGCCCUGCAGGGGCAGCUGCUAGCACAGCGCGCUGGAGCAGUGCGCACCAAGGUCUCCCGGCUGGUGGCCGCUGUCGUCCUGCUCUUCGCCGCCUGCUGGGGCCCGAUCCAGCUGUUCCUGGUGCUUCAAGCCCUGGGCCCCUCGGGGGCCUGGCACCCUCGAAGCUAUGCCGCCUACGCGGUCAAGAUUUGGGCUCACUGCAUGUCCUACAGCAACUCGGCGCUCAAUCCGCUGCUCUAUGCCUUCCUGGGUUCACACUUCAGACAGGCCUUCUGCCGCGUGUGCCCCUGCUGCCCGCAACGCCAGCGCCGGCCCCACGCGUCAGCUCACUCGGACCGAGCUGCAACCCACACUGUGCCACACAGCCGUGCUGCGCACCCUGUGCGGAUCAGGAGCCCGGAGCCUGGGAACCCUGUGGUGCGCUCGCCCUGCGCUCAGACUGAACAUACUGCUUCACUCUGAGCUGGUCCUGCCUGUGAGGUGCUGAGAACCGAACCAGGAUUUUGUGUUUAUGGGGCAAGCGAUGAACUACUAAACUAAAUGUGCAGUCUCUCUUUUUCCUCCUUUACCACUUACGUGUUUCUGAAACAGGGUUUCAUGUAACCUAGGCUGGUCUGUCUCCAACUCUAUGUACCGUAGCUGUCUCUGAUCCGACUGCCAUGACUUUGGAACCUAAACCACCAAGUCUAGCUUUGCUUUUUCUAUUUUGAGACAAGGUCCCAACAUGGAGCAGGUCACAAAUGUCACCACAAGACUGGAGUCCAAGGUCAUCCUUGGCUACAUAGAGUGUUCUAGGCCAGCCUGGCUGGCUGCUGAUCUGGUAUCAA